AUGCGGCACCUCCUCCUCUCCCGUCUCCUCCGCCGCGCCUCCUCCCCCUCCCAGCCUCACCACAACCUCCAACUCAUCCGUGCUCUCUCCUCCUCCUCCCCUCUCCCGGCCUCCGACACCGACCUCCGCAAGUACGCCGGCUACGCGCUCCUCGUCCUCGGCUGCGGCGCCGCCACCUACUACUCCUUCCCCUUCCCACCCGACGCGCUCCACAAGAAGGCCGUCCCCUUCAAGUACGCGCCCCUCCCCGACGACCUCCACACCGUCUCCAACUGGAGCGGCACUCACGAGGUCCACACCCGCGUCCUCCUCCAGCCCGACUCCAUCCCGGCGCUCGAGGAUGCCCUCGCCACAGCCCACAGGGAGCGACGCAGGCUCAGGCCCCUCGGCUCCGGGCUGUCCCCCAAUGGCCUCGGGCUCUCCCGGGCCGGCAUGGUCAACCUUGCGCUCAUGGACAAGGUGCUAGACGUCGAUGUCAAGAAGAAGACCGUCACGGUGCAGGCUGGGAUACGUGUCGCCGAGCUCGUCGAUGCGCUCAGCAAGCAUGGGCUCACACUGCAGAACUUUGCCUCCAUUCGAGAGCAGCAGGUCGGCGGCAUCAUUCAGGUUGGUGCCCAUGGUACUGGUGCGAGAUUGCCUCCAAUUGAUGAGCAGGUUAUUAGCAUGAAACUGGUUACUCCUGCCAAAGGGACGAUAGAGUUAUCAAGGGAGAAAAAUCCUGAUUUAUUUUAUCUUGCCCGCUGUGGACUUGGUGGCCUAGGAGUCGUUGCAGAAGUUACUCUUCAGUGUGUAGAAAGACACCAACUUGUUGAGCAUACUUUUGUUUCUAAUGCAGAUGAAAUCAAGAAAAACCACCAGAAUUGGCUUUCUGAAAACAAACAUAUCAAAUACUUGUGGAUUCCAUAUACUGAUACAGUUGUCGUUGUCCAAUGUAAUCCUCCUUCAAGAUGGAAAACUCCAAAGUUGGCAUCAAAAUAUGUAAAGGAUGAAGCCCUACAGCAUGUUCGUGACCUUUACCGAGAGUCAUUGAAGAAAUAUAGCUUGAGACUUUGUUGUGGCUCGUACAGAAAGGCAUGGGGGGCCGUGAUGUUUGUAGGAAGAGUCGCAUAUGCCAUAAGUUAUACAAGAAGUGUCAGAACUGAAGCCGACAGUAAAGACCCAGCGAUAGAUCAACUUUCAUUUACUGAAUUGAGGGAUCAAUUGCUCGCCCUUGAUCCUCUGGAUAAAGAUCAUGUGAUCAGAAUUAAUAAAGCAGAAGCUGAGUAUUGGAAGAAGUCUGAGGGAUAUCGCAUGUGCUGGAGUGAUGAAAUACUAGGUUUUGAUUGUGGUGGGCAGCAGUGGGUUUCUGAAACCUGCUUCCCUACAGGAACUCUAGCGAAGCCAAACAUGAAGGAUUUAUAUUAUAUGGAGGAGUUGCUACAGUUGAUUGAGGAGGAGGAUAUACCUGCACCUGCACCUAUUGAGCAGCGUUGGACUGCCCACAGCAGGAGCCCCAUGAGUCCGGCAUCAAGCUCUGAAGAAGAUGACAUAUUUUCAUGGGUUGGUAUAAUAAUGUAUUUACCAACAUCGGAUCCUCGCCAAAGGAAGGAUAUUACCGAGGAGUUCUUCAACUACAGAAGUCUGACGCAAACUAGUCUCUGGGAUGAUUAUUCUGCAUAUGAACACUGGGCUAAAAUUGAGGUUCCGAAGGACAAGGAUGAACUUGCUCAACUGCAGGCUAGGUUGCGGAAACGCUUCCCCGUUGACGCAUAUAACAAGGCGCGCAUGGAGCUGGACCCUAACAAGGUUCUCUCCAGUGCCAAGCUAGAGAAGUUUUUCCCAGGAAUGCAGACUGUCCAACAUGCAAGGUAA